UGAAUCAGGAACGGAUGCGAUGUAUCCUUUUUCAGCGGAGUGGCUGGCCAAUGGGAGUUGGAUUGUCGAGCAAACACUAAGCCCUGAGCCCCCAUUCAUCAGUGCUGAACAGGCCCGCAGAGCAGAAGAGAGCGCACCGCUGUCUGCAACAUAACGACGCUUUUGCACAAGAGCGCAGAUUUCCCGCAACAAUAACUAACAGCCAGAACUCAAAUACAAUUCUCAGCAGAUACGCGAGGAGGAGAAACUUUUGGAUAUAAGCUCGCGCGUGUUUAUUUAUUUAUUUUUUUCCCUCUCAGCCUUCUUCAUCAGAGCUCCGCCGUGGAUUUACUUUAUCUUGGGACAGAUGCACGCGUAACACACGCUGAACUUUUCAGUACGACUUAACCGAAAAAAAAAAAUAAAAAGGGAAUAACGCAAAGGGAUACAUUCGCACUUGGAUUAACAGACUGAAUGUUAUGCAUUAGACCUCAUAAUCUACAGCUGGACAUUGCCCCUUCCGUUUGGAUGGAGUUUUGGUAGAUUAUUUGGUUGAUGGAUUCGACGCUAUGGAUGCUUGCAUAUAGGUUUUCCGAUGCAUGUCCACGGUGAAUGUCGGAAGUGGUGAUUCCCCCAGAUGGAGCUCCAAAGUCAACAUGGCCCUGGCGGUUCAUUAGUGGUGAUCCAGCAGCCUUCCCUAGAGAGUCGGCAGAGGUCGGAUUACGAGCGGGAGUUCCAGCAUGCCGGCAUUUUCUCUCUGGAACAAAUCAAGGCCAUCCGCUCUAGCAACGAGUACACCGAGGGACCCUCAGUGGUUCGGAGGCCCCCUGCACCCCGGAUGGUCUCCAGACCCCAUGAAAAGCAGGAGAGGACUCACGAGGUCAUCCUCGUCAAUGUGAACAACAAUUAUGAGCACCGGCCAUCAGGUCACCACCAUCAUGCUGGGGGCAGUGUGUUGGUUGGGGGACAGCAGUAUGGUGGGCCUCGGGCACCAGGGCUCAGCCGCUCUACUAGCACAGGAAGCGCCGCCAGCUCAGGGAGCAACAGCAGUGCCUCCUCUGAGCAGGGACUCUUGGCACGCUCACCCCCCACCAGACCUGGCAUUAGCUUACAGCAUCACCACCGAGUGGAUCGGCCUGUUCGGACUCAGCCGAAGCCCAAGGCCCUUUUACAGCCCCAGCAGGGACCUCAAUUUUACCAGCCUCCACUAGAGGCUCCACUCAAGCCCCAGGGCAAAGGGAAAUCAGACUUUUCUGGCUCUGGCAACGAGGUGGUGGCUGCUGCUGGGCACCAGUUCAUCUGCGAGCGCUGUGGGAAGUGCAAGUGCACCGACUGCACGGCACCCAGGAGCCUGCCUUCAUGUCUGGCGUGUAACGGCCAGUGCCUCUGCUCUGCUGAGAGUGCACUGGAGCACGGCACGUGUAUGUGCCUCGUUAAGGGCAUCUUCUACCACUGCUCCAAUGACGAUGAGGGGGAUUCAUGUGCUGACCACCCCUGUUCACUGUCACGUUCCCACUGCUGCUCUCGCUUCCUGUGCAUGGGAUUAAUGUCGGUACUCUUCCCCUGUCUGCUAUGCUACCCACCUGUCAAGGGGUGUCUGAAGGCAUGCCAGGGUUGCUAUGACCGGGUUAAGAGACCUGGCUGUCGCUGCAAGAACUCCAACACUGUGUAUUGUAAACUGGAGAGCUGGGCCCCACAGACCCAGGAAAAGCCUUCCUGAUCGCUUCCCAAGGUCUCAGUGAUUGCCCGUGCACAGGAGACUCUAGAAACGGAUCUUAUGAUGACAAUGAUAAUGAUAGUCACAAAUUAAUGUUUAUCAGACAUUCUGAGCACCUCCCAUCCACCUCCCCUCCUCGCUGCAGAACCCUAAGGAGCUAAGCAAAGGAGUAACGAAAACCACUCGAUUAUUUUUAGUUUUAUUUUCUCUGGAUCAGGACCAUGUUUUUACAGACCAGUGUUUGCCUUAACUGUUUCUAUGUCUAUCCUCAGCUCCUCAUUAACACUAUUUUUUAUAUAUAUAUGAAAAAGUUUUUCUUCCGUUUUAGGUAGGCACUUUCCUCCGGGUCUGUGUGCCCGGUGGGAUCUGCCUCUCACCAAAUCUGUGAAGGACGAUCUACUAUAGGGCAAUUAUGUAGCUGUUACCUGGUAUUCAUAGCAAGCAGGUAUGUUUGAGUUUAUUGGUUGCUGCCACACUAAAACCGUGGUUUCUAUGCUCAUUUUGCAUUAACGAAAGCACAUCCAUCUCAUAGUAUUCUCCACUUGGAUAUGUUUCUCUCCUUCCACCCAUCUGAACCUUUCGUACACAUUCUGUGGCAUAUUCUCCGAUGUUUUUUUUGUUUUCCUUUUAUCUUGUGUAAAUUGUAUGUUCAAAAAUCCAUAAGAGGAAUUCUGGCUAUUUUUUAAAAGAAAAAAAAAUGUCUGUUAAACAUUUUUUUUGUUAAAAAAAUAUUUAUUAUGUGAAGCUCUAUUAUUUUAUGAUAUUUAUUGCAAGAGACAGUCUUAAAUUUACUCAUGUCUGAAUAUAACAAAAUAUCAAAUACUUACUGAAAAAUUAAAGGGUGGCACAAAAGAAAACUAUGUUAACUUUAACGCAGAAAAUAUAUUAAUUAAUGAAAAAAUA